AUGGCCAACGUCGAUGUUAUAGAUCCAUUUCAGGUCGGCGCCGUUAGCAACGGAGAACCGAAUAACCACCAGUAUCUUGAACAAACACAAUCCCAGCAAAGAUUGAAAGAGGCUCUGGUGGUCGUACAGGAGAGCAAUCCAGCAGCUCAAGUCCCGGACGCUGCGAUUUCCUUGGAGGAGGCGCCAAACGGCGAAACUCAGCCUGAGAAACGGCCUGCAGACAUCCUCCAUGAAGCAUAUCCCAAGUCAAACGUCCAGCUUCCUAACCAUCACAUUGACGAUGCAAGAAGCUUGAAAGUUGUCAUCAUCGGCGCCGGGCUCUCUGGAAUUCUCGCGGGGAUAUUGCUGCCAGUCAAGGUGCCAAAGCUGGAGCUGACGAUCCUCGAGAAGAACGACGAUGUGGGAGGCACCUGGCUGGAGAACGUGUAUCCGGGCGUCAGAUGCGAUAUUCCCGCACACGUCUAUCAGUCGACGUUUACUCCAUACACUCAGUGGUCGCAGCAAUUUGCCGAAGGCCACGAGAUCUUGCGGUAUUGGCAAACCCAAGCCAAAAAGUACGACGUGUACAAGUAUGUCAAGUUCGGCCAUCGCGUCCAGGACGUCAACUGGAGCGACCAAGACGCCCAGUGGACCAUCACGGGAGUGAAUCCCAAGACAGGAGAAUCGUUCGAAGAAAAAGCAGACUUUGUGUUGCCGGCAAUAGGUCGCUUCAACGACUGGAGGCUUCCAUCUUAUCCUGGCGUGUCAGACUACAAGGGUCAUCUUCGACACACCUCAAAUUGGGAUCCAUCAUUUGAUCCGACCGGGAAGAAGGUCGCCAUCAUCGGCAACGGAGCCAGCGGUAUCCAGGUGCUGCCGAAUCUGCAGCCGAUCGCACAACACAUCGAUCACUAUGCGCGGAGCAGGACGUGGAUCGCGGGUUCGUGGGCAGGCGACGAGCGCACCUUUGAGCCGCAGUGGUAUUCCGAAGAGCAGAAACGGGAGUUUCUCGACCCGGAAAAAUACCUCGAGUUUCGCAAGGCGCUGGAGGACAAGUACUGGCGCCGGUUCCCGUCGACCUUUCGCGGCUCCGAGCAGAACCUCAAGAUGCGAGAGCGCUUCGUCGAGAUCAUGGCCUCGAGGCUGGUGAAGAAGCCCGAGCUGCUGGAUCUCCUCGUGCCCGACUUCAAUCCAAACUGUCGUCGCCUGACUCCGGGACCGGGCUACCUCGAAGCCUUGACCGCCGACAACGUCACGCUGAUCCAAGAUCGCAUCAAGCGCUUUACCGCCACGGGGAUUGAGACGGUGACGGGCGAACAUCGCGAGGUGGACGCGAUCCUCUGUGCGACUGGUGCGGCCAUUGAUUUUGUCCCGCCCUUUCACGUGCGCGCUCGAGGAGUAAACCUCCGAGAGGCGUGGAGACCGCUUUCCCAAGGUGACAAGGUCGACGCCAGUCAUUUUGGUUGGCCGUACACGUACCUGGGGCUUGCCGUGCCGAACAUGCCCAACCUCCUCUUCAUCCAUGGUCCCCACGGGGCUGGGCCGUCAGGGACGGUGCCGCACAGCGUCGAGGUCCAGGUGACGUACUACGCCAAACUGCUGCGCAAGGUCUCGACGCAGGGCAUCAAAGCCAUGUGGCCGUCCAAGCAGGCCGCCGAUGACUUUGUCGCCUACGCCGACGCAUUUUUCCCCACCACCGUGCUCACGGACAAUUGCAGCUCCUGGGCCAACGGCGGCAAGCCCGGCGGCCGCGUCCACGGCAUCUGGCCUGGCAGCGCGGGACAUGUCACCUUGGUGCGCAAGGAGCCGCGCUGGGAGGACUGGGAGUACGAGUAUCUGCACAAGAGCGGCAAUCGGCUCAUAGGCUGGUUCGGCAACGGGUGGACGAAGAAGGAGAAGGACGACAACGAGGACAUGACGGCGUAUCUGCAGCUCGAGGGCACAGUAGAUCUCAGAUCGCUGCAUGAGAAAUGGUGGGAGUAA